GGAGGGGUCAUGGAGAAAGAGGGUGUGUUAUGGUCUGUUCCAGGUUUCUGUAUUCCUUUGGAGUUUUUAGUAAGGCAAUUCCAUUAUUGGGGAACAAAUUCAUUGAAGAAAUUCAUGAGGCAGAUGAAAACUGUCAUAGGAUGUGCAGGAGAAGGUUUAAGAAAACCGGAAAGAAAGGAUUUCCUCUUGAGAAAAUAAAUGAUAAACCUUGUACAACAACGGAAAUUGCUAGUGUGAUUGCAUCUAUCGAUGAAGAAAUUCCUCUUCUCAAAGGAAUCAUGGAAGAAGCUGAGGAAGAUGAUACUCAUGAUGUCGUUGUUGCCAGUUGGAUGAGGCAUCUUCGUAGAGGAUUGUCUGUAUCUUUUGAGGAGAUGUACACAUCAAAUGUGGCUUCCUGGUGAGGACAAAAAAUUGCGAAUGAGGAAAUAGAUGUACUGAAGAAUUGAGAGUAGAUACUAUUGAAUUGGUGGAUCUGCAGGUCAA